AAUUACGUGGCCGGUAUGGAGCAGGAAGGGCCUCUUUUUAACUGGUCUGGUUUAAUUCUGGAAUGGUACUUGUACUGGAAUAUACUGAAUUUCUUCAUUCCCCAAAGAGAAGAAAUAGAGGUAGAUGGGUUGAGGUUCUGUCGUACAAUGUUAAAAGAUCAUAAUUUGACAACUCAACAGUCCUUCCACCAACUUGUGCAAAAGAAACCAUUUUUUCCAUCUGUGGUGUGGCAUAAUGCAGUAAGAAGCAUGUUUAUUCAAACUCAGGACACACCAAAUCCAAAUAGUUUGAAGUUUAUUCCAGGGAAGGAAGUGCUGGAGUCGAGGACUAUGGAGUUUUCCACACCAGCUGCAGCAUUUUGCUCACCUUUAGCAAGACAGUUAUUCAAAAUUGAAGGAGUUAAAAGUGUUUUCUUUGGACCAGACUUCAUCACAAUCACCAAGGAGAGUGAAGACCUGGACUGGAACUUACUGAAACCAGAUAUUUAUGCAACUAUAAUGGAUUUCUUUGCCUCUGGCUUACCUGUAGUUACUGACGAGGCACCUCGGACCGAUACAGCUGCGUCAGAAGAUGAUGAUGAAGUUGUACUAAUGAUUAAAGAACUGCUGGAUACAAGAAUAAGGCCGACAGUGCAAGAAGAUGGUGGUGAUGUUAUUUAUAAAGGCUUUGAGGAUGGGAUUGUGCAGCUGAAGUUGCAGGGUUCGUGCACCAGCUGUCCCAGUUCCAUCAUCACCCUGAAGAAUGGGAUACAGAACAUGCUCCAAUUCUACAUCCCUGAAGUAGAAGGCGUGGAACAGGUUGUUGACGACGAUGAUGACGUGGAGAAGGAAGCAAAUUCUACUUGAGCUACCAUCAACUAUGGUCAAAUAAAUAUUUACCUCCUGAUGUAUGUAAACCAUCUUUGUGCUGAGGAACAGCCAAAUAUGCCUUUCUUUUCAGAAAAACAGUUGCACUUAUAUCUCUGAAAAUGUGUCAUCAGUUUAAGGAGUUUAUCCACUAAUUUAUUAAAUGCCCUGCAUUCAAAAAAGAAUCCCUUUGCUCUGCUUUGUACUAUAUCUUAAGAAAGAAAUUGGUGGGCUUUAAAAAUGGUGAUGUGUCUCUGUUGUUCUUACAUACAAGAAACUCAGGACUGAAAAAAAGGGAAGGCAGAAGUAAAGUUUCUUGACUGUUUUUUGUGCAAUAGAAAUAUGCAAUGUUUAUUCCCCCAGACCUCCUUAGGGGGCUUGCAGGACUAUCUGCCCUUGCUGUAUAAUUGGGAAAUUCAGGAAUGUUGAUUUUUAUCAAGCCUUGUUAAAAAACUUUUGAUUUGUAUCGGGUUUUUGUGUGAAAAAUAACGCAUAACUUCAACUGUUCAUUUUAGAGGAUGUAACGUUGCCAUUGCUUGUGGAAAGUUACUUACCUGCUUACUACCGCUGUGCGAACAAUAGCAACAGAAACAAAAAAUGUGAGUUGUUUGUUGUAAAAAUCGUAUCUCUUAAAAUAAAGGUUGGAAUAAGAUGAUCCUUAUCAGCUUUAGUAAGUGGAGAGACUAAUUAGCUUAUUUAGAAGUAAAAUUGUUCAGCCACCAUUAGUGGUCUGUUUAAACUUGCAAAAGACGAUUUCUCAACAUAAUACUCCAACAUCAAGAUGAAUGUGCAGUGCUUAAGGGCACAAAUUACAUUUGUAGGAUAGCAAAGAAAAUUAAUGUGUUUACCUAUGCCACAUCCUGUUUGCUCCUUCUGCGGUGCCAGAGAGUGCAGCCUAUGUGUAACUUGGCCGCCCUGGCUGAGCGAGGGAAGACGUGGCAGAGCAGAACACGUUCCAGUUUUGGAGACUAUGGGAGGAGAAUUAUUUAUUGUUCUGAAAUUGAAAUAUGUAAAUCGGGCUUUGCAAGUACUUCUGUUUACUUGAGCAUGUAGGACUUAAUUUUCUCCUGGUGCCUAGCUUUAGCAGGUGGCUUUGCUAAUGGAAGUACUAUUUCUUCUUUGUGCUGCCACAGUCGAGCUGAGUCUGCGGUCAUUAUUUGGCUUAUGGUUAUAGUAGUAUUCCCUGUGUGCAAGGAUUUGACAGCCUCUGGUAUGUUUCCCUCUGUCCUGGUUUUGGCUGGGAUAGAGUUAAUUUUCCUCCUAGUAGCUGGUAUGGUGCUGUGUUUUGGAUUUAGGAUGGGAAUAAUGUUGAUAACACGCUGAUGUUUUAGGUGUUGCUAAGUAGUGCUUACACCAGUCAAGGAUUUUCCAGCUCCCCAUGCCCUGCCAGGUGCACCAGAAGCUGGGAGGGGGCACAGCUGGGAGACUGACCCCAACUGCCCAAAGGGAUAUUCCAUGCCAUCGGUCAGCAGGUGGUGAGCAGUUGCAUUAUGCAUCGCUUGUUUUAUAUGUCUUAGUAUUAUUAUUAUUUUCUCUUCCUUCACUGUCCUAUUAAACUGUCUUUAUCUCAA